AUGGCCGACCGUCAAGAUCCCUUCACAUUUUUCAACGAAAACAUUCCCCAAUGGCUCCUCCAACUCACCUCCAUAACCUCCAAGAUCAACGUCCGCCAUGACGAGAUCUCCAUGGUCCCCAUACCCGUUUCGCCGACACCAGCACCUCUCCGCAAUCGCAAGACCGGCUCCACAGAAUCACUGCGGCCAAACGACGACCAACUCGAGACUGUCCAUCAAGCCAUCGCCCACGACGUUGCCUCGCCGGUACCGUCCGAGGACGUACCGCCCGCUGUGCGCCAGCAUCAACAAGCCAUGCUAGCGAACCGAAAACGCAAGACCGCGUCCGUGAUAAGCGGGAAUGCGAUGUCUGGGCCGCUGAAGUACCGGACGCGGAGCAUGAUCGUGGUGUACUACGACAGCGAAGUGCAGAAGGCGUUUGAGGGGAUGGUCAGGAACAUCGGCACGGGCAGGAACCUGCUGCGAAAAGGGAAGAUGGCGGCGAGGAUGAGUGCUUUGACGGAUCUGAGUAGGGAUGACGAGGAUGAGAAGAUGGAGGUGGAUGAAGACGAAGAUGAAGAUGAACUGCUCAAAAAGGUUGCGUAUAGGCCUAGCAAGGCGGUUGGCUUUAGGACUACGAGGUCGAGACAGAGCCCGGGGCUCGGCUUGGGUGGGGCAGCAACAGAGCAUUUUGAUGUUGCGGAUAAGGCGCUGGAGAAGGCGCAAGGGCUGUGUGAGAAGGGUGCGCAUCAGUUCUUACGGGAUGGUGACUGCUCGGACGAGAUCGAUGGUGCGAAAGAAUGCUUCGAAGAGGUGCUGGCCGUGGCGGUGAAGGAGGUUGAAAAGCUAAAAGCCCAAGUUGAGAGGCAGAAGAAAAAAAAAGAAGAGAGGCAAUUGUCGCAGGAGAAGAAGCAGACCUAUGAGGAGCCAUCGCAGCAGCCCGAACGUAUGGAGGUGUCUUCACCGACGCCCGCGAAAAUGGGCCAGCCUAUGAUGAUCGAGGUCGAUGACGACGAAGACGAUGAUGAGGAAUUUGUGAUGCCGCCACGGCCGAUACGAUUGACAUCUAGAGCGUGUUGA